AUGGCUCUGGCGAUGAAUAUGGUUGCCGCAACCGUGGUGGUUUUGUCUGCCAUGACGGUGGGUAUGGCGGCGACUUUCGUGGAGCGGCGGCGGCAUCGAAAUUUGUCCGGCGUGAUGGUGGUUUUGGCCGGCGGCAGCGGCGACGGCUGCGGCGGCGGCGGCGUGGCUAUUGAGAGAGGCACGACUGUGAGUCCCAUUGAGGACACCAAAGCCAUAAAGCAGCCUUUGUACAGUGAAGGCUUUACCCACAGGAUGAACAACAUAAGCUUCUGGCCUUCUUGCCGACUGAAAGUGUCACAAUGUGGACGAUGGAGUCGGUGA